AUGCAAAAGCAAGCCGUAAUUUUGCUGAAAGGCGAAGCACCCUUAGUGGCGAGUGGGGUGGAAAAUUACUUGCUAAACAACGCUUCUCUGACGGUUAGUGCCAAUUCUGCCGGCACAGUCCAAUAUGUAGACAGCGAGCGAGUUCAAGCGGGACAAAUUAUCGCUUGUGGUAGUUAUCAGGAGCAGCAAGAACUAGCUUUAGACGCAAUUGUGGUAAAUGAACGUUUAAUCAAAGAGGAUAUCCUGACUUCUUUAUUUGCCAAAAAAUAUAUUGUCAUUCGCAAAAAACUCAAAGUGGACAAAAAACCCAAAGAAGAAGAAUUUUAUCCACGUCCGGAAAUUAGCCACUUGGACCAAAAAGGCAUAGUUAAAGUUGGCAGCGAGAUACGGGAAAACGACGUUUUGGUUAGCAAGAGAACCCCCUAUAAAAAACAGCAAGCCGAGGAGUUACUUAUUGCGAGUAUCAUGGGGGAAGAAGCCCAUUCUUUUAUGGAUACUUCUUUCCGUUUGCCUUGGGGAGAAAAAGAGAGUAUUGUUUACGCAGUAAACCAUCUAACGAAAGAAGAAAUUUACCAACGGGGAAGCGGCAGUUAUAGCGCCGAUGAUUUAGAAGCCAUUGAAAUUUGCGUAGUCCAAAAAAGGAGAAUCGAAGCCGGCGAUAAAUUGACUACUCGCUUUGGUAAUAAAGGAGUGGUAGGAAAAAUUGUGCCGGAAAUUGACAUGCCUUUUGACGCAAACGGACAAACUAUUGACAUUAUUUUUAAUCCUUUGAGUGUUCCUUCCCGCAUGAAUAUCGGUCAAUUAGUGGAAAUUUUAUUAGGAUUAGUUGCCUAUCAAGCGAAAACCAAAUUCGGACUGCAAGAUUAUGGCUUAACCCGACUUUACGACGGUCAAACUGGUUUAUCUUUUGACCAAAAAGUUUUAGUGGGCUACAUUUACACCAUUAAACUUAACCACAUGGUCGCCGAUAAAUUCCACGCUCGCAAUACCGGUCCUUACGCUUUGGUUCAUCAACAACCAGUCAAAGGAAGAGCCCAUGGUGGCGGACAAAGGGUUGGGGAAAUGGAAGCCUGA